UUAGAGUGAAUAAAUGAAGACUCGGCACAGCACUUCUGAAAGGUUGCCGACCCCUGUGCUAGUCAUAUUCCCAGACCCCACUGCCAGCCCAUCCCCACAGCCAGUGACCUCACUCCAGCCCCAGUCCUCUCCUUUGUGAAGGCCACAUCACCCAGAGCUCCCUGCUGUCCAUGUGAACGUGAGGCAAGAAGAAUCCAUCCCAUUCUGUUGUUGAUUCAAUAUCCCUGUAUAAUCCCCUCCAAUUUCCUCUCUUUUCUCUUGAGUGGUUGAAUGGUGACAUAAAAUCUCCCCACAUGAUGCUUGUCACUUAUAUUGGCAAAUAUUUAGUUUGUGCCCCAUUUUCUCCUCAUUUCUGAAAUACUGAUAUUGAAUUCUCAAAAAUCUUCCCAGUUUUCUCUCCAGGUGUCUGAAUGAGACCAGGGCUCCUAUGGUACUGAGCAUGGCCCUGUUCUGCCAGGCGCUGCAGAGACCCCAGGGGCCGGUGACCUUCGAGGAAGUGGCUGUGUAUUUCACCAGGGAAGAGUGGGCUCUGCUGGACCCAAGAGGGGUGUCAUGCAGGAGAAAGAUCCUCAGCGUUGUCUUUCGCAGCAUGAAGAAGGAAAGAGAAUGGAAGGUGCUGAUCAUGGACCACCCCAGCACGCGCAUCCUCUCGUCGUGCUGCAAGAUGUCUGACAUCGUGGAUGAAGGCAUCACGCUUGUGGAAAACAUUGAUAAGUGCCAGGAGCCAAAUCCCUACCUGCUCAGCCUUGUGGAGAAGUCGGUGCAGGCUCUGAUCAGUGACUUCCAGGGCACCCACACCUUCAACUACAAGGUGGCUCACGUCUUCUUCAUCAGCCCCUGUCCUGAGCCUCUGUUCAAGGAGCUGAGGAAGUCACGGAUCACCAAGGCCAUCAGAACAGUCAAGGAGAUCAACAUGGCCUUCCUUCCCUACGAGAGCCAGGGACCAACGAGGACUGAGAGGACAAGCAGGAGGAGGAGGAGGAAUGGGUGGAUGUGGCUACAGAGGAGGCUGCUGUCAACAUCAUCCAAAAGUAGCUCCAGUGCAGAGAAAAGGUGCAGGAAGAGGCCCAGCAGCUCAUGUUCCUUCACGCCAUCCACCCCACAUGUCUCGCUGCACAGAGAAAAGGCAGGACACGCUGGAGCCGCACUGGUGCCCUAAUAUGAAAUGAACUGGUUGAGUCUGCUCCAGUUCUCUCGUCUGUAAUCAGGAGGCUAAAAUGAAUGAGGGAUGGUUUUAUGAUUACAACAUGGCCAGGGCCGGCUCCAGCUUUUCUGUUGUCCCAAUCUGCAAAAAAAGAAAAAGAAAAA